CAACCGCUUCCUGUAGUUGCAUGCUCAUCUGAGCUUUUAACCUUCCUCUUCGUGUCUGUUUCUAUCAUAGUACAGAGCACAGGCGAAGCGUAACAAGAUGCAAGCUAUCAAAUGCGUGGUCGUUGGAGAUGGAGCUGUGGGUAAAACAUGUCUUCUCAUCAGCUACACUACCAAUGCUUUCCCUGGGGAGUACAUUCCUACUGUCUUUGACAACUACUCAGCUAAUGUGAUGGUGGACAGCAAGCCUGUAAACCUGGGCCUGUGGGAUACAGCAGGACAGGAAGAUUAUGACAGGCUCCGCCCAUUGUCCUACCCACAGACGGAUGUUUUCCUGAUCUGUUUCUCUCUGGUGAGCCCUGCCUCUUAUGAAAAUGUCAGAGCUAAGUGGUACCCAGAGGUUCGCCACCACUGCCCUUCCACACCAAUCAUCCUGGUGGGCACCAAGCUGGAUCUGAGGGAUGAGAAAGAUACGAUUGAGAAGCUAAAGGAAAAAAAACUGGCACCAAUCACCUAUCCACAAGGCUUAGCUCUGGCUAAGGAGAUUGAUGCAGUGAAGUACCUGGAGUGCUCAGCACUGACCCAGCGUGGCCUGAAGACUGUGUUUGAUGAAGCCAUCAGGGCUGUGCUUUGCCCUCAGCCGGCCAAAGUAAAGAAGGCAAAUUGCUUAAUGCUGUAAAUGAUUCAUUCGGUACCAAAGAGGAGUGAGAAGAGGACUGUGGAUGUUGAGUUUAAAUGACAUGUAACUCUUUUAUAACAUCUCUACUAGAAGGUUUCAAUAGGAGUCCACUUGUUAAAAUAUUAUGCCUUUGCUUUCUUAUUUACUUUAAAACUUUAUUAAUUUGCUUUGAAUGGUCUGCUAUGAGUGAGCAUUGAAAAAUGAUGUCAAAAAUUAGAAAGUUUCUGUUAUAUCUGUUGGUUUGCAAAAGAACGGGAGCAAAAGUAACAGACCAGAAAAAAAUUGAUUUAUAAAGAAAAGCAUUGUGAAAUACAAUUUCUGGCACAUUAAAUCAGUGUUUUAAUUAAUUUAUGUUAUGCUGAAUUAUGCUGAACAAGGAAAAGAAAAUCAAAUUAUUUGCUACAUGAGAGAAUGCAACAAAAUCCUGCUUAAAAUGCAAAAAAUAUUAUUAUUUGUGGGAAUGUUGAAAUAAAAUACUGUAUACUAUAACAUAAAAAUA